AUGGACGCGCGAGAGCUCACCGAUGCGCAGUUCAACCGCGCAGUCGAGAUAAUCCAGAGUCUACCUAAGACCGGACCUAUCCAGACUGGCUAUGAGGAGAAGUUGACCAUGUAUAGCUUGUACAAGCAGGCUACAGUCGGCAACGUGCAGGGACCAAGACCGGGCAUGUGGGAUAUGCUGGGACGCGCGAAAUGGGAUGCAUGGGCGAAGCAUAAAGACCUUAACCCAUAUGAGGCCAAGUGGCUUUACGUCGAGGCGCUCUUGAAGGUUCUUCGACGAUACUCCGAUGCUACAGUGGCGAGAGACCUAGUCCGAGAACUCGAGUCCUACGGCGAUGCAUCCGGAAUGGUCAUGAGCGGAACCUCCUUCUCCCAUGGCGCCGACUCAGACUCGUCCUCCGAGAACGGCGAAGGCCCUUCCCAGUCAAUCUACCGUUCCCUGCAAUACCCUCCACAAACCGGCAUGCCCCCCGCUCCACCGCCCAAUCGUUCAGACAACGAAGACUCCUCCUCAGAGUCUGACGAAGACGACGAGCCAGGCCAUAUCGCGCCUCUUCAACCCCCACAUGUACCCGAUAGCGCAACGCACAUGCGCACACCCUCCGCACACUCAACACACCAACACUACCGCACGCCCGUAGGAGGCGGAUCGCUCAUGAUGACGCCCGCACAAGUCCCACCCGUACCCGCAUCCCAACCCCAGCCCGCAUUCGAGACGCCCUCCGCAUUCGCCGGCCCAUCAGGAUCAUCAGUCGCCGCACCCUCCUCCAUAUCCGGCUCAGCAUACGGCGCACCACCGCCCAUGUCGCCUCCCUACGCACCAAUGCAAGGAUACCGACGUCCGCCGAGUGCGCCGGGCGGAGGCAUGUCCGUCCGCUCGCAUCCACUCGACAACGCUUUCGUCCGACCGCACUCCGCCAUGGCGCUCGAGCGCGCGGUCGAAGGCGUGCAAGCGCACUUGGCCGCGCUUUCUGAGCGAUUGGAUGCACUCGAAGCGCAUGCCUUACGAUCAUCGGGCGGUAUGAUCUCGCCCCGCGUAGGAGGCACCAGCGGUCCCCUCGCCUCCGGCCGUGGCAGCCCCUACGCCCACCGCGGUCCAAACGCCCUCGACGACCUCGGUCUCUGGUCCUACAUCGCGCGCCUCCUCCUAUCCACAAUCCGUUCCGCGCGCUCAACGUUCGACUACCUCCUCAGCAGCGAGGGCCGCUCGCCCGCGCUUAUCGUCGUGAGGAGGUUGUUCUUGGAUCUGUCGUUUAUAUUGGCGGUGCUGGGCGUGGUGAGGGUGGUGUGGAGACGGAGCGGGGUGAGGAGGAGGGAGAUUGCGCAUGCGCUUAAGGUGCUUUGGAGGGCUGUUGUGGGGAGCCAGGCGCCGAGGGCGCUUGUUAGUAGGGGCGUCUGA